GACGCGGGGCCGCCGCCGCCGCGCCAUGGGCUUCGAGCUGGACCGCUUCGACGGCGACGUGGCGCCCGAGCUGCAGUGCGCGCUGUGCCGCCGGGUGCUGGAGGAGCCGCUGGCCGCGCCCUGCGGCCACGUCUUCUGCGCGCGCUGCGUGCUGCCCCGGGUGGGCCGCGAGGGCCGCUGCCCCGCGCGCUGCCGCGGCCGCCUGUCCCCGCGCGCGCUGCACCGCGUCCCGCCGCUCGAGCGCCUGGUGCUCAAGCUGGACGUCAAGUGCGCGCACGCGGCGCGCGGCUGCGCCCGGGUCCUGCCGCUGCAGCAGCUGCCCGCGCACCUGGAGCGCUGCGGCUUCGCGCCCGCGCGCUGCGCCCGCGCCUGCGGCCGCCCGACGCCGACGACGCCCACCACGACGCCCGCGACGCCCACGACGCCGCCCGCGCCCCCGCCCGAGGCGCUGCGGGCCCAGCUGGCCGCCGCCGCCGCGCGCCUGCAGCUGCACGAGGCCGCGCGCCGAGGAGGAGGAGGAGGGGAGCCCAACGCCGCCCCGGAGCCCGCGGGGGCCGGCGCCCAGGGCGAGGAGACCAAGAGCAUGAAGCUCGUGCUGCACCGGGCUGCCGGCUCCCUGGGCUUCAACAUCAUCGGCGGCCGACCCUGCACGGACAACCAGGACGGGUCCUCCAGCGAAGGCAUCUUUGUUUCCAAGAUAGUGGAGAGCGGACCUGCUGCCAAGGACGGAGGUCUGCAGAUCCAGGACCAGAUCCUCGAGGUGAACGGCAAAGACUUGUCCAGAGCCACUCAUGACCAGGCUGUAGAGGCCUUCAAGACGGCCCAGGAGCCGAUCGUGGUGCAGGUGCUGCGGAGAACCCCCCGUGCCAGGAUGCUCCCGCCGACAGAGCACCAGCUGGUGGACGCGGGCACGCAGACGGACAUCACUUUCCCGCACAGCUUGGCUCUCUGCAAGGUGCCGGGCCUGGACCCCUACCUCCUGCCAGACGAGCACCCCUCGGCGCAUGAGUACUACGACCCUAACGACUACCUCGGGGGCCUCCCGCAGGAGCUGGACAGGGAGGAGCUGGAGCUGGAGGAGGUGGACCUGUACCGCGCCAGCAGCCAGGACAAGCUGGGCCUUACCGUGUGUUACCGGACAGACGAAGAAGAUGACCUGGGGAUCUACAUCAGCGAGAUCGACCCCAACAGCAUUGCUGCCAAGGACGGACGCAUCCGAGAAGGAGACCGAAUCAUCCAGAUCAACGGGAUUGAGGUACAAAAUCGUGAAGAGGCCGUGGCUCUCCUCACCAGUGAGGAGAACAAGAACUUCUCCCUGCUGAUCGCAAGACCUGAGCUGCAGCUGGACGAGGGCUGGCUGGACGAGGACAGGAAUGACUUCCUGGACGACCUGCAUCUUGAUAUGCUAGAGGAGCAGCACCAGCAGGCCAUGCAGUUCACAGCCAGCCUGUUCCAGCAGAAGAAGCACGAGGAGGACGGCGGCACCACCGACACGGCCACCAUCCUCUCCACCCAGCACGAGAAGGACAGCGGCGUGGGGCGCACGGACGAGAGCACGCGCAACGACGAGAGCUCGGAGCCCGAGAACCACGGCGACGAGGCGCCCGCCGCCUCCCGGCUGACGUGCAGCCAGGACACGCUGGGCAGCGGCGACCUGCCGCUGAGCACCGAGUCCUUCGCGUCGGCCGACGGCGCCGAGCCGGACGAGCUGGGCAUCCCCGCGGCCGAGUGCGAGCACUUCCGCCAGCUGCUGGAGCUCAAGUGCGGCCGGCUGCGGCCCGGCAGCCCGGCCGGCGGCCCCGCGGACGCGGACGCGGGCCGCAGCGAGCCCGAGAGCGUGGACCGCGAGCUGGAGCUGCUCAACGCCGAGCUGCGCAGCAUCGAGCUGGAGUGCCUGAGCAUCGUGCGCGCGCACCGGGCGCUGCAGCGCGAGCCGCUGGCCGACAUCUGCGAGCUGCCCGAGAAGGCCGACCGCGACGGCCCGAGCGCCUGCCACGCGGGCGACGGCUGCCGCGGCGCGCCCGCCGCGCGCGCGCGCAGCCCCGCGCCGCGCUCGCCCUACCGGCACGCGCACAUCCCGGCCCACGCGCGGCACUACCAGAGCUACAUGCAGCUGGUGCAGCAGAAGUCGGCCGUGGAGUACGCGCACAGCCAGCUGAGCCUGGCCGCGGGCCCCGCCGAGCCGCGCCUCGAGUGGAAGGUGAAGGUGCGCAGCGACGGCUCGCGCUACAUCACCAAGCGGCCCGUGCGCGACCGGCUGCUGCGCGAGCGCGCGCUGCGCAUCCGCGAGGAGCGCAGCGGCCUGACCACGGACGACGACGCGGCCAGCGAGCUCAAGCUGGGCCGCUACUGGAGCAGGGAGGAGCGCAAGCAGCACGUGGCGCGCGCGCGCGAGCAGCGGCGCCGGCGCGAGCUGCUGCAGCAGAGCCGCCUGCAGGGCCCGCGCGAGCAGGACGAGCGGCGCGAGAGCAGCAUCCUGGAGCUGAGCCACAAGAAGAUGCUGCGGCGCCGCAACAAGCGCAUCUUCGACAACUGGAUGACCAUCCAGGAGCUGCUGACGCACGGCGCCCGCUCCCCCGACGGCGCGCGCGCGCACGGCGCCUUCCUGUCGGUGACCACCGUGUGACGGCGGCCGCGGGCGCGCGGGCCGGGACGUUGGCGCGGGGGCGGCCACGCGGCUCUUCUCCAAUCGCAGUCGUGCUUUUUUACUUGUUCCUUUUUACGGAAAGCCUUGAAAUUUCAGCAAGAUCUUUUAUGCAGCAGAAUUCCACAGAAUAGUCGGUUUCAAGUAUAUUCAUAGAAAGAACUUCAACACGCUUUUUUCUUUUUUGCCGGAACACGAAUAUAACCGCCAGUAUGUAUUUUUAAUGGAACCUAUUUUAUAAUGUUCCUUGGCUGGACGUGUUUUUAUGAGUGACCGUUGAUAUUUUAGGUCAGCGUUUCCGACCCCGAACCACCGAGCAAGUGCGGCUCACCGUGUUUGUGAUACGCAGAAACAAACCAGCAGUGUUUCGAGCUGGAAUACAGACACAACAUUUCCCCAGUUCAGAUUCCCCAAGGAAAGGGUCAAGGUUUGGACAGAAAGCAGAGCCGGGUGCAGUUUUGUGGAUGUGUCACGCACGUUGACAAAUCCUGCCUCUCCCCGGGGAGUCUGCAAGCCCAGGUCCAGCUCCUGAGGAAGCCGGCUUGGGAAUGUAAGGACUGAGUGUAGUGAACCUUGGGUUUGUAGAUCGGAGGGUGCGACUCACCAGAAGGUUCACAACCUCGUGAUUGCGUAGAAACAUUAAGUAAGAUGGCAUUAAAAUAAAUUAUUAUUAUUUUCUAUUUGAUAUGUUUUAAAGUGACUCCUCAUUUUGCAGUGGUGCCUAUAAAAUAAAAGCCUUUUGCAGUGUUGA